AUGGAGGUCUAUAGCCCACGUCCUCAGUCGCAGCGGGAGGGUAAAUCGAUCAUCUUGUUAUGCCUAUACCCGGGCCCCAUUCGCCAAGAAAAGUUCGACCAGCAAAAUUCCCGGAAUUCUGAGCCGAGCUGCAGCCUCUCCCAACACCCAGCGACCGACGACGACAUCACCUCGCCCUCUCGACACUUCACGCCCCUCCAAUCGCCCAUCUCUCCCGAUCGACGUCGAGUUUUCGGACAAAUAAGUCAAGAUGGCUGUUCCAGGCACUCAGAUAAAUACCAGCCCGACAAAAAUGCACUUAUCCUGUUCUCCAAGCGCAGAAAGUUCGUCGCCGACGGCGUCUUCUAUGCCGAGCUCAACGAGUUCUUUCAGCGCGAGCUGGCUGAGGAGGGCUACUCUGGCGUCGAGGUCCGCGUCACCCCGACAGUGACCGACAUCAUCAUCCGCGCCACCCACACCCAGGAGGUCCUCGGCGAGCAGGGCCGCCGCAUCCGCGAGCUCACCUCGCUCAUCCAGAAGCGCUUCAAGUUCCCCGAAAACAGCGUCUCGCUGUACGCCGCCAAGGUCCAGAGCCGCGGUCUCUCCGCCGUCGCCCAGUGCGAGUCCCUCCGCUACAAGCUCCUCAACGGCCUUGCCGUCCGCCGUGCCUGCUACGGUGUCCUCCGCUUCAUCAUGGAGUCCGGCGCCAAGGGCUGCGAGGUCGUCGUCUCCGGCAAGCUCCGCGCCGCCCGCGCCAAGAGCAUGAAGUUCACCGACGGCUUCAUGAUCCACUCCGGCCAGCCCGCCAAGGAGUUCAUCGACUCCGCCACCCGCCACGUCCUCCUCCGCCAGGGCGUCCUCGGCAUCAAGGUCAAGAUCAUGCGCGGUUCCGACCCCGACGGCAAGUCCGGCCUCCAGAAGAGCCUCCCCGAUGCCGUCACCAUCCUCGAGCCCAAGGAGGAGCAGACCGUCAUCCAGCCCAUGAGCCAGGAUUACGGUGCCAAGGCCGCCCAGGCCCAGGCCCAGGCUGAGCAGCAACGGUUGGAGCAGGAGGGUGCCGCUGAGGAGGAGGCGCCCGCUGAGCCGGAGGCUUAA